CCAGGAGGAGGAGGAGGAAGAAGAAGAAGAAGAGGAGGAGGGGGAGGAAGGGCCGGCAGCCGGCUCCGACCUCUCCGAGCUCUCCGACGCCGAACCCCUCUCGGAGCCCGAAGGGGCGGGCGGUGCGGCGCGGCCCCCCCCGGCGGCGGCGGGCAAGAGGGGGCCGCCCUGCUGCUCCUCGGAGGACAGCGAGAUCAACAUCACCAGCGAGGAGGAGGAAGAGGAGGAGGAAGGCAGCGAGCGGCCCACUUGGGCAUCGGGCACCGCCUGCUAUAUCUGCGGCAGCCCCUUGUCACCCACCACCCAGCACCGCGUCCACGUGCAGAAGCAGGAGAAGACUUCUCCAGCGCCCUUCUUCCCCUUCCUUUGGCUUCACAGCCCUCCGCCGGGCGCCCAGCCGCUCUCGCCGGCCGGCAGCACCCUAGUGUGUCCCUGCUGUUUCGCCUCCCUCAUGCAGCAGUGGCAAAGCUUCGAGCUGGCCAACGUGCCCGUGCUGCAGCGGCUCUACGUGGUGCCCCUCAACGCCGGGGCCAUGCCUGCCAAGGGCCGCCGAGUGCUGAAGGAGGACGGGGCAGGCGUCCCGCUGGUACCCGAGGCUUGCUACCUGUGUGGGGAAGAGUGCAGCAAGGAGGCGAGGCUGGUGGCGGCCAAGGUCAUCAACGGCAAUGCGAAGAACACCAUGCAUUUCCCCUUCAUCAGCCUCCUGCCUUGCCCACCCAGUGCCAAGGGACUGAACAAGCACUGGGAGGUGAGCAGCUGCCGCAAGUGCUUCAUCGUCUUGCAGGACCUCUGGGCCAUGUACAGGGCCUGCCACAACGAGGAGCUCAUCACCUCGGUGCAGAGCUUCCUGGGGAGGUACCACCAGGUCUUCUCCGCCGGUGACCCCAGUGGCUUGGCCGGCCACCCUGCCAUCAAGCCCGGUCCCACCUCUGUCUGCUACAUCUGCGGUGCUGAACUGGGAGCCGGCAAAGAGUUCCAGCUCAACGUCAACCCACCAGGGCGAUUUGGGGAGAAAGAGCCCUUUUUCCCCUUCCUGACAGUCUACCCACCCGCCCCAAGGGCCAGACCGGCCGACGCGACCGGGCUGGUGGCCACUUGCAUCCUGUGCUACCAUGACCUGCUGGGGCAGUGGCUGCAGCACGAGGGCAGGAACUCCCACCACCCCAGCAGCGCCUGGUCCCGGCAGUACAAAGUGGAGACCUUCGUCUGCUUCUUCUGCCGGCAGGAGAAGAAGCGAUGCCUUGGAUUAAAAGCGGUUCAAGUGGCCAGGCUCCCGGUCUUCCUCUACACCCUCCGCGUGGCCAACAGCCUGCUGGUGGAUGAUGGGAAGCAGCUGACCAUCGGUGCUUGUACCGAAUGCGGUGCCGUGGUGCUGGCCGGCAAGAGCAUGACCCCAACGGAGCCACUAGUGGUGGUACCCCCGGCUCUCAUCCCCAAGGCGUCCUCAUCGUCCCUUGAGACAGUCGCCAUCAAGCCUGUGGCUGGUGAGCCCCGGCACCGGGUGACCAGCGCUGGGGAGAGCCCGGGGACGGGUGGUGGCACUGCCCUGGACGUCGGUCAGCGGACAGCUUUGGAUGUGGAGAGCACCGACGCCGGAACCACAAGCAUGAGCCAUGAGCCGAAGUCGCCGUCCUUAGGAAUGCUGUCCACCGCCACCCGCACCACCGCCACCGUCAGCCCGCUCACCCCAUCGCCUCUCAACGGCUCCAUCGUUCCCAAUGGCAGCCCUGCAGCCAGCAGCACUUUGUCCGUCCAGGCAGCACCUUCCUCCAGCUUCGCCGCCGCGCUCCGCAAGCUCGCCAAGCAAGCCGAGGAGCCCAGAGGAUCCUCAAUAAGCAGCGAGUCAUCGCCCGUCUCCUCACCAGCCACCAACCACAGCUCCCCCGCCAGCACGCCCAAACGUGGCCCCAUGGGCCCCAUCAUCGUGCCCCCGGGGGGGCACAGCGUGCCCAGCACGCCACCCGUUGUCACCAUCGCGCCCACAAAGACGGUCAAUGGGGUCUGGAGGAGCGAGGGAAGACAGCAAGAAGCAGGGUCUCGGGGCAGCAGCAGCAGCAGCGGCCGCGAGCGCCUCAUCUCGGAGCCCCCCCUCUCUCAGGAGAAAGCGGGGGGCCCCACUGUCCCCUCCCACCUCCUGGGGACACCCUAUUCCUUUGGGCUGCCCCCCAGCUCCGUGGUCCAGGACUCCCGCUUCCCGCCUCUCAACCUGCAGCGGCCGGUCCACCACGUGGUGCCUCCGAGCGCGGUCACCGAGGAUUACCUGCGCAGCUUCCGUCCAUACCACACCGCCGAGGAUCUCCGCAUGUCCUCCCUGCCGCCCCUCGGCCUGGACCCUGCUGCUGCUGCUGCUUACUACCACCCCAGCUACCUGACACAUCACCCCUUCCCGCACCCUGCCUUCAGGAUGGACGAGUCGUACUGCCUGUCAGCGCUGCGGUCCCCCUUCUACCCGCUGCCAGCACCGGGCUCGCUGCCACCGCUGCACCCCUCGGCCAUGCACCUGCACCUCUCGGGGGUACGGUACCCCCCCGAGCUCUCGCACUCUUCCCUGUCUGCCCUGCAGUCGGAGCGCAUCUCCAGCCUCGCCGCAGAGAGGCUGCAAAUGGAUGAGGAACUGCGGCAGAGGGAGCGUGAGCGCGAGCGGGAGCGGGAGAAGGAGCGGGAGCGAGAAGCCGACCGGGAGCGGGAGAAGGAGCGCGAACGGGAGCGGGAACGCGAGAAGGAGCUGGAGCGAGAGCGGGAGAAGGAGCGCGAACGGGAGCUGGAGAGGCAGCGGGAACGCGCCCGGGAGAAGGAGCUGAGCAUGGUGAAAGCCAUGGAAGGACCGUUCCUCCCUGUGGCCGAGCUGCACGGGCUGCGGGGACACCCAGCCGAGGAGCGGGGCAAGCCGGCAGAGCCGCUGGCACCCAUCAGACCAGAGAAACUGAAGGACUCGGUGCUGCCGACACCAAAGCCCAUCCAGCACCCGCUGCACCCACCACCAGCCUCCCACCACCCCGUGCCCAGCCUCAUCCCCAACCACAACGUGUUCCCGCUGCCGGGGAGCAGCGCGGCCACGGCGCUGCUCAUCCACCGCACCAACGAGGAGGAGAAGUGGCUGGCGCGGCAGCGCCGGCUGCGCCAGGAGAAGGAAGAUCGGCAAUCCCAAGUCUCAGAGUUCCGGCAACAAGUGCUGGAGCAGCACCUCGACAUGGGGCGUGCACCGAGCCAGCCUGAGCCCGAGCAUCGCCCCGAGCAUCCCAGGUCAGGAUCCAGCCGCCACGAGCCAAGCAGCCGGGAGCCAGGGCAGCACUUCGGUGGGCCCCCACCACUCAUCUCCCCCAAACCCCAGCACCACCCGGUCACCACAUCCCUCUGGAACCCUGUCUCGCUGAUGGAGAGCCCCCCUGAUCCACCCCGGCGCCUCCCUGAGCCACACACUCUCCAUGGCCACCCGGCCCCCUUCGAGCCGAGCCGUCAGGGCAUCCCACUGGUGAAGGUGGAGAGGGUCUUCUGCCCGGACAAGCUGGAGGAGGCGACGAGGAAGAGGGAUGCUCUGGAGAAAUACCCUCCAGGACGGGAGCCCGGCGCUCCGGACCACGGGAGCUUCACCCAUGCCCCUUUCCUAGCCGAGCUGGAGAAGUCCACACAGAGCAUCCUGAGCCAGCAAAGACCCCCGGCCACCCCCUUCACCGAUGCCACUAAGCCCAGCUCGCCCUACCGACCCCCCCAGCCCCGCGCCCAGGACCCCAUGUACAUCUAUGACGAGUUCGUGCAGCAGCACCGCAGGCUGAUCAGCAAACUCGACCUGGAGGAGCGCCGGCGGCGGGAGGCCCGGGAGAAAGGUUACUACUAUGAUCUGGAUGACUCCUGUGAUGACAGUGAUGAGGAGGAGGUGCGGGCACAUCUCCGCUGCGUGGCCGAGCAGCCCCCAUUGAAGCUGGACACGUCCUCCGAGAAGCUGGAGUUCCUGCAGCUCUUCGGGCUGACCACGCAGCAGCAGAAGGAGGAACUGCUGAGCCAGAAGCGGCGCAAACGCCGGCGGAUGCUGCGGGAGAGGAGCCCCUCGCCGCCGACGGUGCAGAACAAGCGCCGCACGCCCUCCCCGCGCCUCCCGCUCUCCACCCGGUACAGCCCCGACGAGAUGAACAACAGCCCAAACUUCGAGGAGAAGAAGCGGUUCCUCACCAUCUUCAACCUCACGCACAUCAGUGCCGAGAAGAGGAAAGCUUCCCAUACCGCAGACAAGGAGAAGCUGGUGGAGAUGCUCCAGGCCAUGAAGCAGAAGACCACGCCGGCCGCCGUGGUGGUGAAGAGCUCCCCGCGGGACAGCCCCAGCGGCCCCACCACUGAGCCGCCGGUGCCGCCGCUCCUGCUGGAUCUGGAUAAACCCGUGGGCAUCGCCGUGUCCGUGCCGGAGGUGCAGAAGGCAGCAGAGCCCGGCAGGUUAGACCAGCUGAGACCCCAGGAGCUACCAAGGGCUAAGGAGAUGGGCACUGCACCGGCAGAGAAGCCGCGGCUGAGCGAUGGACACCCCGGGAAGAAGGGACUGAGCAUCCUCAGCUACGUCAGGGGUCCGCUCCCCAAAGACAUCCCGGUGCCGCUGUCCCACAGCAUGAAUGGCAAGAGCAAGCCCUGGGAGCCUUUCAUUGCUGAGGAGUUUGCCCAUCAGUUCCAUGAAUCCGUGCUGCAGUCCACCCAGAAGGCACUGCAGAAGCACAAAGCGGGGACAGCGGAGCAGAACCACAAGCUCGAUGCCUCCAUCCACUACAACAUCCCUGAGCUGCAGGCCUCCAGCCGCCUGGCUGCCCCCUCGCACAACGGCACGGCCGAGGGGCCGCUGCCCCACCGGGCAUUGCCGCCGCUGCCCCACGACUCAGCAUCCGAGGAAGAGGAGGAGGAUGAGGAGGAUGAAGAGGAGGAAGAGGAGGAAGAGUACCCCAGGCCCAAGUGGCAAGGGAUCGAGGCAAUUUUUGAAGCUUACCAGGAACAUAUAGAAGAACAAAACCUGGAGCGCCAAGUGCUGCAGACCCAGUGCCGGAGGCUGGAGGCCCAGCACUACAGCCUGAGCCUGACGGCAGAGCAGCUUUCGCACAGCAUGGCGGAAUUAAGGACCCAGAAGCAGAAGAUGGUCUCGGAGCGCGAGCGCCUGCAAGCCGAGCUGGAUCACCUGCGGAAGUGCCUUGCCUUGCCUGCAAUGCAGUGGUCUAGGGGUUAUUUCAAGGGGUAUCCCAGGUGACGCUCCUUAGGGGAUAAACCGAACAUAUAGUCUAGAAAUAAUAAUCUAUUUUAUUACCUUGAAUAUUUAAUAUUUUUCACUGGGAGGUUUGAAGCUAAAAAAAAAAAAAAAAAAAAAAAAAAAAAAGCCAAACAAGAAAAACAAAAAAAAAAAAUCAAAAAAAAAAAAAAAAGCUUAAAAAACAAAAAAAUUACAAAAAAAAAAAAAAUAAUAAAAAAAGAAUUAAAAUGGAGAAUGUGCCAUGCAUGAAGCAAAGGAGCACGGGGAGCCCACCCGGUGGAGAGCAGAUCCCAGCCCCAUUCCUUGCCCUCUGCAAGCAACCCGCCAGCCCGGCUCGGGCUCUCCUCCUGGGGGCCAGGGCAUUGCAGCCCCCCCCCCUUUUUAUUUUUUGACCCCCCCCACUUUAUAGCGCUAAUUUUUUUGUUGUUUUAUUUUCUAAAUGGCAAUUCCAAGACUCCACCGACAACACUAAAGCCGGAGGAGCCCCAAGGGGCUGGGUGCGGGGUGGCCCCCCACCCCGUUCCCCAGAGCCUCCUUUUUCCCCGAUCCCGGGGCUUCCCACUGGAAAUGCACUUCGCUAUAAAACAAUAAAGUCAAUAAACUGGUUGAAGGUACCUUUUUGUUCCUGUUUGGCGGGGAAAGGGGCACCAAAGUGGGGUUAAACCUUGUCCGAGCCAUCACCCCCCGGGCUCAGAAGUCAAGAAAAAAGGUGCUUCAGCCUUGUACUGUGUAUAUAUAUUAAAGAAAAGUUUUGUAUGUUUUUAUUACUUUAAUUAUUGUUAUAAAAAGCUUGCCUUUUUUUUUUUUUUUUGUUCUUUUUUAAAUACUUUUUGCUUUUUGUAUGUUUUUUGGUUUUUUUGGUUUUUUCUUUUUUUUUUUUUGCUUUUAUCUUCUUUUUUUUCUUGCCCCCUUUUUAUUUUCUUUCUAUUUUGGCAAAAGGAUUUAAUCGCUUUUAGUGUUUGUACUGCUGCUGGUCAGGACAGAAAAGAUAUUGAAGUGUUUUAAAAGCAUUUAAAAAGCAGGAGAAACUAAUCACCUUUUCCAGUGGGGGUAGGUUCUGUCCCUCUGGAAUCAGAGCUGAGCCCUUCCAUUGCCUUCUCCCACGUGUUUUGGGGAUAUUUUUACCUUUUUUGUUUAGUUUCUGGGUCUAUUUACCCAUUUUCUUUGAUUUCUGGGUCUGUUUCUGGUCAAAGCUCUGUUGUGGGUAUCACAGCUCCGGGUGCAGGCUCCCUCUAUCAAAUCGAUAACACAAAUCAAUUGCGCCGAGAGGUUUUUUGGGGAUGGAUGGUACUGGGGUGUCUUUAUGCCCCCCAGAAUACCAAGACAAUCAGUAGGCACUGUGGGCAUGGGAGAUGGGGUUUGCCCAUAGGGGCUUAUGGCUUGGCAUGGUGUUGGUGGCACCACCAACCUCCUCAGGCUGGAGCAGCAGGUUCAGCCUUGUCACCACGCAGCACCAUUUGCAGCCACUUCCUCAUCAUCGCAUGCCCCAACUCCCCGGGGAGGCUUUUUGUAAGAUAUAAUAGUUAUUUAUUAUUUUUCUCUUAAUUCACCACGAGACGAGCUCACGUCUAUGGGAAAAGGUGACCUCUGCUUUCUGCUUUAAAUUCCCUUGUUGCACUCGCAAAGAAAGCAUUAAAACACCCACCCCUCACCCUUUAUUCUCCCCUCCCCGGUUUCCCAUUGGCUUCACCAAAUAAAAAAGCUGUGCAAGAUUAAAAAGCAAAAUGCCCUUGUGACAGAAAUUAGUUUAAUCUUUCUUAAAUCCCCAAUUGCAUCGCCAGCCUCUGGCCUCGCUGCUGCCAACUCUGGGCUUCGCAAUGAAUUUUAACACAGCAAAAUAACAUUGCUGCUCGACUCGCUUCUUCCCUUCCCCUGUGCUGUGAUGGGGAAGAAGCCAGGGAUGGGAAAUCAUCAGCGAUUUAUCCCUCUCCUCCACUGUGCUGUGGUGAAGGAGCCUGGUUGGGCUGCAGCAUCACUUCAUAGGAGCUCCUGUAUUCGCAGGAGCUCCCAUAUCGAGGCUUUUUCCCCCCUUUACCAGCCCAAAAAUCACGUUUUUUGGAGCAAUUCCUCAGUAUUACUCCCCCCAGGGCCAUGGUGAGCGGUCGUGUUUGUACCUACCCCAUGCAGAAUUGCUGUCAAGCAGAUGUGCCAGAGCCCAGGAGGGCUGCAAGGAGGGAAAGGAAAGGCAGAAGCCCGCUGGGGGCAGUUUAGAUGCUGUGAAAGAAAACAAAAAACCCAAAAAAAGGAGCAAAAAAAAAGAAACAACCCCUAAACAUGUUCUAAGUGUACUUGUUUGACUUAAUUGUAAUGUAAUAUAUUAUUUGUUGAAUGUAGUAAUUAGGUAUUUAUGAAUAUAUCGCUGUAAUUUCUGAAAACAUCCAAAAGAAACAAAGAAAAUAAACUCUUCCACAACAACGGCAAAA